AUACUUCCAUUAGCAUACCCCAUAAAGCUAGAACCUCACCCUAAGGGACAUCAACACGGGAUAAAUCUCACUAUUGAGGUGAUCACAAUAUCCUAAAUACGACUCUACAACUUGUUUACGUAUAAAAUACUAAAAUAUACAUUAAAGUGACCAGAGCGAAGCUGCGACUUAUGUCCCUUCUACAAAACCUGUUUUAAUAGGCAGCUACUUCUUAGCCACUUCUUGGCCACUUCUUACCAAAUAUUAAAAAACCGACGCUAAAGUGGUGAGGGGAAACUAAAAUACCUACAUACCCUACAUAUAUGCCCGGCUUUUUACGAGUCAAGCGCCCACGCCUCUACGCCGCACAUCCUCAUCCUACUCUAACAUGACGGAUCCAGCAUCCCCAGACGUUCAGAACGUGGCAGCGUCGGCCCCGGUGCAGAUCUCUGCUUCUCCGCCGAAACCUAGCUCUCCGGCCAAAUCGAGCUCUCCACCGAAACCGAGCUCCCCGGCGUCAGUCGGGUCUGCUGGCAAAUCCAGAACCCCUCCCCUAGCCUCAUCCCCGGGAGCCCCAACAGCUCCAGCAUACGCCGAGAUACCACAGGAGCCACUCCCGGAGGAUGGACUCGUAGAGAUCGAUGACGAGGACUCCGCGUAUGGUGGCGAUGACUCCCAAUCUGAGACAACCUCUAUUGCGUCCUCUAUGUACAGGGGAUACAUAGAGAAUGGCAGGCGCUAUCAGACAGUAAGAGAAGAUAAGUACUGGGGACCGUCUGACGAGCAGCAAUUCGAGACCUUCGAGGCUGGCCACCUCGUGUACCAGAUCCUCGAUUGUCAGGAAGAGAACACCCUCUUCCGCUCCCCCAUUCCGGCGAAUGCUCAGCAUAUCAUCGACCUCGGCACCGGAGACGGAACGUGGGCCGUUCAAGUCGCCGACAGGUUUCCUGGGAUUACCGUCCACGGGGUUGACCUCUACCCCCCACCCGUAACCUGGGUCCCCCCCAACUGCAUCUUUGAAGUAGACGACAUCACCCAAGACUGGACAUGGAACAACAAGUUCGACCUGAUCCAUCUCCGCCUCCUCCUCGGCGCCUUCAAACAAGACGAGUGGGCAAAGCUUUACAGGCAAUGCUACGAUAACCUCCAACCUGGCGGCUGGAUAGAACAAGUCGAGCUCGACGUACGCGUCAUGUCCGACGACGGCUCUCUCAAGCCCGACUCCCUCCUGGCCGGCUGGGGCCAGACCUUCCUCGACUGCGCCUCCGACGCCGGGCGCCCCCUAAACACCCAAACCACGAUGCGCGACUCGAUCGCCGCGGCGGGGUUCACCGAGAUCAGGGAGAAAUUGUAUAAGUGCCCCAUUGGCGAGUGGCCGAAGCAUCCGGUGUAUAAGGAUGCGGGAAGGGUGAAUGCGGUGCAUUGGAAGAGUGGGCUGGAGGGGUGGGCGAUGUGGUUGUUGACGAAGCAUGGAAGGCCGACGCCGUGGAGUGCGGAUGAGGUGAGGGUUUAUGUGGCGAAGGUGAGGAGGGAGUUGACGGAGGGGGCGGCGGUGGGGUUGCAUAUUUAUCAUUUUACGAGACGAGUUUGGGCACGCAAGCCGUUGAACGCUGCGUAAUAUCCGAUGAUGACCGCAGAGUCGACAAGCAAAAUGAUUCAGUAAAAUGGAUUGACGCCCUGAUCGUCUUAUCUGGCUGUAGCUUCGUAUGGAUUAUUGUAACAAAUAACCACCUUGUCUACUGUAGAAUCAGAAAUCAAACAGGUUAGUUUACUGGUGGCUAUAUAUGGAAGGGAUGAAGUCCGCCAAAGGCCGUUUCUGCGGCAAAGAGUGGCGGCAGAGUGGCGGCAGAGUUGAACAACUUCCAUCAACGAGGU